AUGGCCACCUAUCAGCUGUGGGACAGAGACACAGAUUUGAAACUGGGGCACUUUUGCGUCUCUGGUCUCAUAUCUGGGGCUUGGCUUUUUCAUGAUGACUGGGAAUCGCGCCUUUUCCCUCUCGCCUUUCGCCUCGCCGUGUGUCGGACACAAUACGAAUCGACCUUCAUUGAGGUCUACGAUAUCACAGCCGAAGUUGAAGAUGGUGAAGUUCGAUACUCGAGCACUCGGCUAAGGUCCCAUGCCCCAUUCUAUGAUGAGGCUCUCAAAGUCUCUCGCCCCUGCUCACUUCUCGGAAAUUAUCUCGCAUACGUUACACAGGUAAACCGUGUGAGAAUCAUCGAUUGGACGUCGUUCGAUCCCCAGGACCCUACGACUAGAAUAUGCCCUCCGAGGAUUAUGUAUGUCUUGCUACUGCCCAAUCGGAGAAUUUUGUUGAUGAACGACUAUGUCUCCAUUUGGGAUUGGGAAAAGGGUAGAAUGUUGGCUGCUUCGAACUCACCGGACGCGUGGUCGAAAUCUCAAUGGAGGUCGUCUGACUUCCUCGAUACACCCCAUCCAUUCACAACUCCUUUUUACAUUCGGGGCUCCAUUCGUCUGGUCCUCGCCGGGGCCGACGAUGUGCUGCUUGGGAUGAUCAUCCCUGCGGAUACCGAGAAACGAGCACCCUCUGAUCAUGAUGUCUCCAUGGUCCGCCUCUUGGAAGCCCGUAUACCUCUCGGGCAUACCACACGGUGGUUUGGCUAUCGUAAAGGUGCAUAUCUUGCCAAGGAUUGCGACAAUCUGGUCUGUUACAAAUGGCCAGAUGACGACCUGCCUCCUCCCUCCUACCAGUCGAUUAGGCUCCCAGGACAGUUCUGGGAUAUGCAUGGAUGUAUGGAGGCAGACAGUGACUACACACGCCUCGUUACGUUCUCGCUUAGAUCUCCACCUUUAUGCACUAUCUUUGGAUAG